AUGUCGAAUUCACAUCCACCGUCUCCGCUCCAGGCAGCGAUUGAGGGAGAUCACCCCGACGUAGCAAUGCAGUUACUGCGUUGUGGCAUGCGGCUGGAUGUCAAUGCCCGGACCUAUCUAGGUGAGUCCGCUCUAUCACUGGCCGCGUACGAAGGAUACCUAAGCGUGGUUGAGCGCCUCUUACAGGAAGGGCGGGUUGACCCUAAUGACGUCGACAAAAUGGGGUGCAAUGCGUUUUGGUGGGCAGCCCGUGCGGGCCAGGCCAGAGUUGUGGAGCGGCCCCUGAAGAACAACCGUGUUCUGACGCAACUAAAAGACGAAAACGGGAUGGACGCUUUGGAUGCAGCGAGCCAUCAUAAUCGGGUGAUGGGCAAUUUUGGGGCCGAUUGGGCUUUACGAUCUGCUGUCACUUAA